AUGGGUAGGUCUGUUGUGAAAUGCGGGAACCUUUCGCUCGAAUGCCUGUACGCGCCCAACUGCUGCAACAACUUCAAAGAGUCCGACGAGUUCAAGCAGAUGUCGGGGCAGAUAUCGAUGCUUCAAGACCAGGUUGACCAGCUCUUCGCAAACCUGAGCGCAUUGAAAUCCCAAGUCGAUAUUCAAGGCAUGGGUUCGAUCGGGACGCCCUUCCAGCCUCCAGACUUCACGCGAUCCAUGUCGAUUAGCCAGUUGUCUGGCAUUCCUCCUUCGCCCGCACGCCAGCGCUCCAAGUCGAACGCGAAGCGCCCACGAUUUCAAGGACCGGCCUCCAAUGCAUUCAAUCUCGGUGUCGCAAAGACAAGCUUAAAAACGAUGGGCAUAACAGGACCUGGCGAUGGAGAAGAUGAAGGGAUCAUAACGAUGGAUGCCACUCCCAUGGGCAGUCCGCCGUUUGGGAAUGCUAUGUUGCCCAAACCACUUCAUGCGGAUAAGGACCCGAUAUGGUCCGUUUCCAAACAAGAGGCUAUAGGUCUGAUACAUUUCUGGCAGGAGGAGAACGGAGCGUUGUAUCCGUUUCUAGAUAUCAACGAGAUAACUGGCUAUGCCGACAGCUUGUUCAGUUUUGUCGAAGCUGCUGCCCGACAAGGACUAAUGCAGGGGUCGUUUCCAGGAGCAGACGCUAUCGAGGACGAGAAGACAAGUAUCCUCAAGAUGAUACUUGCUACAGCCUUAAUCCUAAGGGGCAAUGGCAAAGACCAGCUUGGAGAUCGGUUUUUCAACAAUGUACAGAAGGUCGUGGAGAGGACCCUUUCAGAACCCGUGGACGUGAAGAGCAUCAGCUUAUUAACUCUGACUGCCAUGUUCCACUUUCACAAGGACGAUGAAGUGCUUGCCUGGCGUACCAUCGGUCUAGCUGCGCGCCAAUGUUUCGAGCUGGGCUUGCAUCGGCGCGAGGCAUAUGAUUCAUUUACUGAUCCAGAUGAACGCACAUCUGCUAUCAGGACGUUCUGGUCUGUGUAUGUUUUGGACAGACGUUGGAGCUUUGGAACAGGCAUGCCGUUCGCCUUGCAAGACGCCGACAUUGACCUAAAUCUGCCCAGGCCGGACGACUCCACUCCCUAUCUCAACGCGAUGAUAUCCUACAGCGUUAUAGGAUCGAAAGUUUGGAAGUCUGUCGGCAAUACCGACUCUUCUCAGACACCGAUCAAGAAUGAGGAUAUCAGCUUUCUCGACUUCCAAGUGCUUAAUUGGCACAGGUCUAUACCCGAGUCACUGAAAUUCGUGCAUCCGGACAGCGGUCGGCAAGUGAACAACCAACCCCGCGCGGUACUUCGGCACCAGGUUGUGCUUUACCUCCGAGCGAAUCAGAUGCGCAUCCUGAUAUAUCGACCUGUGCUACACACGGCCACAUCGAUAGCGGAGAACAUAGAGUUCGCGAAAACCGUUGUCAAAGUAGCAAAAGACACCAUCCGCACAUUGACAUACAUCAACCAGACGUCGGACAUCUACAAAGCCCAGCAGAUCUUAUUCAACUACUUCCUCAUAUCAGCUCUUGCCGUGCUUUUCCUGGCGGUCGCUCACGCGCCUGCCGACUUCAGCGCCGAGUGCCGAGACGAAUUCUACCAGGCCCUGGACCUCGUUCGUUGUCUUUCAUCAGACUCAUAUGUAUCCAAACGAUUGUGGAAAACGAUCAAGAUGCUCAAAGAAGUCGGACCCCGACUGGGGCUUAACGUUCGAAAUGAUGCUGCAGAUGCACACUCCUCUGCGGCGGUCGCCAUGGCUGGUCUUGCUGGACACCAGGUGGACGAAAUGGCUAUAUUCUCGAACGGACAGAAUGGGAACAUUGAUACGCCUCAUGGGAUGGCUUCGGAUCUUACGAAUCUAUUUGAGGCUGCGGGCAACUUCCCGAUGUUGCAGAACGGAUUUGGGUUGUCUUCUGCUGAAUUGGCGCAUGGGGAAUUUGUGUCUGCGUUUGGGAAUGAGAACGAUGAGCUGGCGCGGAUCAUGCGCGAUCUAUUCUGA